CACGCAUUGAGAUGUUCAACAAGCUGCGCAGCCUGGUAUCCAAGAAGAAGCGGAGACUUUGUGAGGAUGGCUUUGACUUGGACAUGACGUACAUCGAGCCGAACGUGUUGGCUAUGGGGUAUCCGUCGACAGGAGUUGAGGGGCUGUACCGCAACCCGCGGGCGCACGUGGUCUCGUUCCUCCAUCUCAAGCACGGAGCACACUUUCGGGUCUUCAACCUCUGCUCGGAGCGGCGGUAUCCGCUGGAUGUGUUUGGGCCUGAUGUCAAGGUGGUAGAGCUUCCGUUUGAUGACCACAACCCGUGUCCGAUGUGGAUGAUUCUGGAGUUUGUGGCCGAGGCGCUGACGUAUCUAGAGGCGGACCCGGACAAUGUGGUUGCCGUCCACUGCAAGGCCGGCAAAGGCCGGACAGGGCUCCUCAUCUGCUGCCUGCUCAUUGCACUCGGCAAGUACCCGACCGCGAGCGCGGCGCUGGAGUACUACGGCAACGCGCGGACAAAGAACGGCAAGGGGUUACGAUUCCAUCACAGGCGCGGUAUGUGCGGUACUACGAGACGGUGGCGGUCGAGGGCGGGCUGCGCGACGCAGUCGAUGUGCAGCUGACGAGUGUGAAGCUGUACGGGCCGAUGCCACGGUUAGGCGGCGGCGGGAUUCGAGCCUCGGUCUCGGUUUACGUCGACGGCAAGGUUGUGGGGAGAAGCAAGGGCGAUCCGGUGGUGGCGACCGGGACGGUGCUUGCGGAUGUGCCGGUGGAGCUGGCGCUGGAGAGUGUGGCUGGCGGGGAGCUUGUGGUUACCGGCGAUGCCAAGGUUGUGGUCCACCACACACGGGCGGUGCGGGGCAAGACCAAAGCGCUGCAGUUCUGGUUCUACACCUCGUAUCUGCCAACGUGCGGCGAGCUUGUACUGAGCAAGGCCGGACUGGACAAGGCGUGCAAGUCGUCAAAGUAUGCCGACGGCUUCCGCGCGGUGCUGGCGUACGACGCAAGCAACAUCAAAGAGGCCGAUGCGCCACGCAAGCCAAGUGAGACGUCGGCGCCUGCCACGCCGAGCGGGCGCAAGGCGUCACGGACCGAGCCGCUGCGGGCCGACGCAUCGCCGCUUGCGCCGCGGGCGGCGCUGGUUGAGGACGUGUCCGCGUCCGAGACAGUGUACACCUACGAGUACGAGUACGAUUAUUCCGACUUUUGGACAUGAACGAGCACGCGAAGCGAUUGCAUGGCCUCACUUGCGCUUCUUGCCGCGGCCGCGGCCGCCGCCUCCGCCCUUGCCCUUGCGCUUGUCGACCAGCGUGACGGCCUUGCCGGGCACACCCCACUCGCUGGCGAGGUAGCCGAUAACGUCAUCGACCUUGUCACCCUGUACAACAAGGUCGUUGUCGCGAACAGUGGCUGAGGCGGCGCAAGCUGUCGAGAGGUCGCCAGCGAGCGAUGCGGCGUCGAGCUGCAGCGCCGCGAGAUUGGAGACAACUGUGGUGGCCUUGCGCCGAUUGCCGCCACGAUUGGCGACGGUAACCACAAGCUUGGGCGGCUCGCCGCGAAGCAAGAGCUGGGUACCGUACGGCGGAUUAAACUCGG